GCGCGGGCGGCGGGAUCUCUCUCCCUUUUUACCGCCAUCAGAGCGGAGUGUUUUCACCCCGGUCCGCUUCCCCGCCUCACAUCCGAGCCUCACCGCCCGCACCACAAGCACCACCCUACUCCGCUAAAAUGGCCGACCUCGACAACAAGGAGCAGGAGAUGGACCCCGCCGACAUGGAGGACGUAGAGGAGGUGGAGGAGGAAGAGACGGGAGAUGAUGAGAACAGCAAAGCCCGCCAGCUGACGGUCCAGAUGAUGCAGAACCCAGAGAUCCUGGCGGCGCUGCAGGAGAGGCUGGACGGCCUGGUGGGGUCCCCCUCCGGAUACAUGGAGAGCCUCCCCAAGGUGGUGAAGCGGCGCGUACACGCCCUGAAGAACCUCCAGGUGAAGUGCGCCCACAUAGAGGCCAAGUUCUACGAGGAGGUCCACGAGCUGGAGAGGAAGUACGCCGCCCUCUACCAGCCCCUCUUCGACAAGAGGAGCGACAUCGUGAAGGCCGUCUACGAGCCCACGGACGAGGAGUGUGAGUGGAAGGCCGCUGAGGAGGAAGAACUGACAGAGGAGAUGAAGGAGAAGGCCAAGGUGAAGGAGGAGAAGAAGGAUGAGGAGAAGGAGGACCCUAAAGGCAUCCCCGAGUUCUGGCUCACCGUCUUCAAGAACGUCGACCUGCUCAGCGACAUGCUCCAGGAGCACGACGAACCCAUCCUUAAACAUCUACAAGACAUCAAAGUCAAGUUCUCUGACCCGGGACAACCCAUGAGCUUCUCUCUAGAUUUCCACUUCGAGCCCAACGACUUCUUCAGCAACACUCUGCUGACCAAGACCUACAAGAUGAGGUCCGAGCCCGACGAGACGGAACCCUUCUCCUUCGACGGGCCCGAGAUCAUGGGCUGUACCGGCUGUGUGAUCGACUGGACCAAGGGGAAGAACGUAACGCUGAAGACCAUCAAGAAGAAGCAGAAGCACAAGGGCCGUGGCACGGUGAGGACGGUCACCAAGACCGUCCCCAACGACUCCUUCUUCAACUUCUUCACGCCGCCGGAAGUGCCCGAGAGCGGAGAGCUGGAUGAGGACUCUGAGGCGGUCCUGGCGGCAGACUUCGAGAUCGGACACUUCAUCCGUGAGCGCAUCGUUCCCCGGGCCGUGCUGUACUUCACCGGCGAGGCCAUCGAGGACGACGACGAUGACUAUGAUGAGGAGGGAGAAGAGGCCGAUGAUGAGGAGGGAGAGGAAGAGGCUGAUGAGGAGAACGACCCCGACUACGAUCCCAAGAAGGACGCCAACCCAACACCCGAGUGUAAACAGCAGUGAGAUCGCCCCCUGCUGCUCGGAGGACUAACGACACUGUAACAAGACUCCUACUAGACUCGCACCGCCUUAUGAUGUUUUGUAUUUUUCUUGGUAGAAAUAAAUUGAAGAAAAAAAGAGAAAAGGGGUUUAAGAUUUUUGUUACCAGAACUGUUCUAACCCAGCGAGCCCGGCUCGGUAUACGAGGUCUUUAGCAUCUUAAAAUACUAGUGAUCCCGUAGUAUUUUAGCGUCUUAAACCCUGGUAUACGUGGUGUUUUUCCGUUGUGUUCUCCUCUGUAUUAUAGCCCCCCUGCAGGUCGCAUGGUAUCCUCCGCUAGGUUUACUCUCACUUUGGUUGUGUUUACUCGUGGACAACAGCUGAUGCAGGCAGCGUCACCGUGACGAUACUCCCUCCUCCCCAGUAUCCCCUGUCCUGUCCCCCCCCCUCCCCCAUUUCUCCAGCCCUUCAGGGUCGGUCUGGAAGAUUCUGUAGCACUUGGGACCCGGCGGGGGUGGAGGAUGGAUCAGAACCAGUCGGUCAUCAGGGUCCUAGUGACCCCCCCCCCCCCCACAUCAAACCUAGAAACCCGGGUCCACUCCCUAAAUCAAACAUUCCAGCAUCCCUGGCCGGCACCCGACCAGGUCAACUAACAGAACCAUGUGUCGCCGCUGCUCAGGCCUUCGGGACCAGUUAGCUCCCCAACCCCUCCCCAACCCUAGCCCCUGCACUUUGUACCGUCAGUUAGCAUCCAGCGCACUAGCUUCAGUCUAGCGGGUUGCAUGCUAACACGUGAGCCUGUUUCUGGCUGGUUGACGUGCUAGCCUCCGUCUAGCGGGUUAGUCGUGUCUGGCGUUGAACUGGUGUUGAAACCUCGUCUGAUUUUUAGAGAGCGUUGCAUGUGUGUGGGACCGGCAGACGUAGUGCACCAAGAGAGAUUCCAACCCGAGGUCGGAGGUGUGUCACUUCUAAGUCCCGCCCCAAAGGUCAGCUGACUCACACCUUGCUCUGACCACGCCCACCCCCUGGGGUCAAAGUUCAACUUUAUCACUGUGAAGGAAACAAAGCACCAAUAAGAAGUUUGCCCCCCCCCCUGCCUGAAGCACAUUAGAGCAAUAAGAGAAGAUGAUUGGCUCCCCCCCUCGUGGUCUGAACUGCCCCCGGUGGACAGCCAGGGUAUAAAGUUAGCAGCUGUUGUCAGGGUUAAAUGCUAUGCUACAAGUUACCAAUGUAUUCAAUAACUGUACGUGUAUAUUCAUGAAUAAACUGGUUCAACGUGUGCUGCCGUCUCUGAGUCGU